CGGCGUACAUUGUUUGGUAUUAGAUCAGACACGAUUUUGAGUUCCUCACGAACAGUGGGGCUUCGGCUUAAUCGUCGGUUCCAUUUUUCGUUGAUAUUGUAAUACCACUGUUGCUACUCUGUAUCCUCUUUACUGGAGUAUUUAUUUCUAGGGCAUCGUUGCCUGUCGCCGCGUGUGUAUUAAUCAACAAAUCGUACCCUAGUUUACUAGUAAAGUCGAGUUUCAAGGAUUUUCCCGUGUGCUGAAUUGUGUUCGGAAUUGACCUCCAAAAAGUAGCAUACACCGGAGUUUGUGAAGGCCAGCUGAAAACGAGUUCAUCAGUUGAAAGGUAGUGAUAAAAAUGAGCUUCUAAGUGGUUAGUUGAGAAAAAGUUCAAAUAGUAUAUUGGGCUCAAGAGUUGGUGACCGAAUUUCGUGAUCGAUUGCUCAUGCGAGCGUGUGCGCGAUGCAGACAAGCAAAUUCAGUAGGUGGACCAAAAAGUAGAAUCUAGUUCUGAGCUUGGGGGAACCUUCAACAGUGCGUUGUAAUAUCACACCAUCUCAGUGGUAGCAACGACGGCUGAGCGCUGCUGCGCGACCCAAUCAGCAGAAAGAGGACAAGGCAGUGUUGUGAAACGACGGUCAAAAAAAAAAUGGAACCGACGACCGGUGGCAAGGGAAACGUCGAGCAGAUCAAGGUUGAGCCGGAUUUUUACUUUCCCAUUGGAGAGAACUACGGUCACGGGGAUGACGACUACGUCGAUGACAGCAUGGACGAUGACGAUUUCGAGGACGAGGAGGACCUGCAAAUCCAUCAGAUCGAUCUGGACAGUCCGGUGAAGCAAAAGUUAGUGGAAGAAACUUUCACGGUGAUAAGUGACAGUAGUAUUAAGGAGAAAAUGCAUGAAUGUAAAGUUUGUGGGAAAACGGUGUCCCAUGCGGGCCACCUUCAGCGGCACCACAGGAUUCAUAGUGGGGAAAGGCCCUUUGUUUGCGAGCUCUGCGAUAAAGCGUUUAUUGAGUCUUCCAGCUUGAAAGUUCAUCUUAGGACCCAUACCGGUGAGAGACCAUACCGAUGCGAGAUCUGUAACUUUUCAUCAGCCCAAUCCUGUAAUCUGCAAUCCCAUUACCGACGAACUCACGGUGUGGACCCAAAAAGUGACCCUCAGCUAUUUGAACAACUUCGGCAGCAAGCAUCGACAGCGGAUGGUGGCAGCCCUAGUAGUUCGGGCAUUUCCUGGCCCCAGCAAUCUGGUGGUGCACUUCCCAAGCUACUGCCGAAACCUUCCGGUGAUGGUAGUCAGCCCAUUGAUUGUUGCGUGUGCGAGGAACCGUUCUUUGAUAGGGAUCUUCUGCUGAUCCACGAGGAAACGCACGUCCCCGAGGCACCGUUUGAAUGUCGUUAUUGCGGCAAUGUUUAUUCUGUUUUGACGAUUUUUCGAUCCCAUAUAAACUUGCAUCGUAACACUCUUAGAAUGAGCGCUGGUGGAAAUCAAUCUGGUCGGCAGUCCCAAUCCGGAAUUCGUGUUCUACCGAAUGGACCAGUUGCAACCCGAAAACUAUCUUCAGAUAGCACAAACACUAACAACGUGCUAAAUGCCAACCAACCAUUUGUUCCGAGCAACGAUGCCCAAUAUCCUUACAAAUGUGUAGAGUGUAAAGAAAAUUUCCAGAAGCAUCAACUUUAUUUUCAUAUGAAAGUGCAUCUUAAACAGAAGAAUAUUUUCUCCAAAAAAAGUUUGAAGUGUGACAAAUGCGGAAAAGUGUUCGAGAAGGAAUUGACCCUGAAGAAACAUAUGGACAUGGCCCAUCCGACUGCAUCCAAUGCCUCUAGCGGAAAUCCUUUGUUGCUGGAAGCACUUCAAGCCGACGUUAAACCGUCGUCUCCAAGCUCACCCGUCAUCAUAGACGACGAUCUUCCACAAGAAGUUAAAGUGAAAGAUGAACCCGAAAGUGCCCUCGGUGACGAUGAAGUGAAUUCAACAGUGUCCGAUAAUCCCAUCUUGACGCAACUCCUGAACAAUGACAGUGAAGUUUCAACUAACCCACCGGGCAUAACAUCUCGUGAUGGUUCACCAGUGGAGGGUGGAUUUGUCAUCAGUGCCGUGGCCACGGUCGAUCAUAGUUUCCUCGAACAACUGGACGCCAUGGAACGUGGUCAACAGUUCACAAGCGAACAACAAGUACAACAAAUGCCUCCCUUGCGACGAAUGCCCGUGCUGGAGGAGAGUCUUCGCCGUCCACCGGUUACUCCUGUCAAUCAUAAUGCGGUAGCAUCCAGGCCACUGAAUUCAGGUCCAUACCGUUGCUCCUUCUGUGCGAAAUUAUUCAACGAACAUUUCGGACUCCGACAGCACAUACGCGCCAUGCAUUACUCCGAGAAACGCCACAAGUGUAAGGAAUGUGGUAAAAAGUUUACGUUGGGUAUCACCUUGGCGACCCACCUGAGAAUUCACACUGCCGUUCAACCGUUCACGUGUAUCGUAUGCUACAAAACGUUCACCAGGUCGUCCUCGCUCAAUGGCCAUCUAUCGUCCCACUCGUACGGUCGAGUCAAAUGUGCUGAGUGUGGCGAAUAUCAGAUCAAUGUGUUCAACUACAUGAAACACAUCGAAAAGUUCCAUCCGGAUUUUUUGAAAAAUGUUACAUCGUACAGACAGAAGGCGGAAGCGGUACUACAAAGACGUCGAGAUUUGAUCCUGGAAAUUACCCGGGGUUUAGCGAAACAUCGCUCGGAAAUGCCCAACGUAUUGGCUCGUCUGCGAGGUGAAGUGUCGAAAGUAGAUACAACUAGAAACGACAGUAAAGAAGUAAUAUCAAACGAAAAUUCGGAGGAAGUAAGCUCAAGCGAACAGGUUGUGGUUAAAAGGGAAAAGGCCGAAUCCAGUCAGUCAGAAGUUGUGAGUUCAGCGUCGGACGAAAAUGAUCUCCCAGCGCUGCGCGCCGAAUUGAGAAAACGUCCGCUCAGAAGCAACACGCGUUCGAAUGAUUUGGAAGAAUUAGUCUUGCCACCCGCCAGGAAAUCACUUCGUUCAAAUGCUAAUUCAUCACCGAAUUUGAAACGAUUGCUAGAACAAGAUAAUUCCUCUUCCAGCGAGGAUGUUUCCCACCAAGAGGUACUGUGACGUAGUGAACAAACAAAUAAAUAAUGCCGUUAACUGCUGCACAGUUAUUUAGAUACCGUCACAAAUGCCGUUAUUGAAUUUAGGCCCUUUUAUUCAACUCCAAUGUCUCAAUAAGGAUUAAAUCAUAGAUUUAAAAUUUCUUGACGGAAAAGAAAAAACAAUAAUUUUGAAUAGAUAUGUUUAGUGACCUCGGUUAUCUUAGAAAUAAGUUUAUUAAGCGAGAAUAAAUAUGAGCUGCAGCAUUGUAAUAUGUUAUCGUUAAUAAAUCAUAAAACCUAACUUAUUUUGGCCAUAAUUUCGUUCGG